CGCUGCUGCCAGAGACACUUCUGCGCUUCCAGAAGGGCAAGAGACGGACAGAAAACACCGGCACUAAUGAGCUGGGGACUAUUGUGAGACUUUACAGAUUUUUGGUAUUCUUCUCGCACUUCUUAAACUGUCUGCGAGGAAGUCAUCGCGUCUGUUUGUGGAUUUUACCUUCUUUUUUUUUUUUCUGAGAUCAUGAACUAAAGUGUUAUGCGCUGAACCCUUUAUUCACGGAGUUUUAACCGGCGGGAUUUCUAAAUUCAAAGGCAUCUAUUGGGACACCAGGACUCUGUCUGUGGCUCUGAUAAUGGGACUUUAGGCUUAUACCUCUCGUAUUGUCGUUCCUGGAGUGAAUUCGCUGGUUUAAAACAUUUACGCUCUUCCAGAAAUGGUGGGGCAUUUACAUUUGCAAGCUAUGGAUGAGAGUUUGAAAGGAAAGAACCGGGAUGGACUGCUUGAUAGUCCGGAUUCAGGACUCCCUCCAAGCCCCAGUCCGCCCUUCUACUCUCUGUCACCGGGGAUCCUCGAGUCGCGCUCCAGCAGCUGCUCAACCCCAAAUGAGCUGCAAGGAUACUGCAGAAAGGAGACCCGGGAAGGCAAACUGCUGCCAUAUUUGCUCCUGAACUCUCAAGGUCCAGAUGCGAAGUCACGCAUGUACCCUGUGGUCUAUGGAGAGAGCAUUGAGGUUAACCCCAAACCAGAAAAAGAGAUCAAGUUCAACUCUGCAGUGAAGUACGCUUCAGACAGACACUUCUGUGACCAGGUGUUCUGCGCCCAGCUCCCGACCGCCACAUCCUUCAGCGAGACGGUGGUGUCCGUUCAGAACUGCACGUGGCGCAGCUACAAGUCAGAGGUACACUUUGAGCCACGGCACAGGCCGCUACACUUCCAAAGCACGACCAUCGUGUUCCCCAAGCACACCCGGAAUACAUACCGCACCACGCUGAACUACAAUGGCAACAGAAACGCAGCUGGGCACCGGCGGUUUGUGUCCACAGUCAGGCUGGAGUCCACAGAGGACGCCAGUCCAUGCAUCAUUUACACAGAAGACCUCUGAGACACACAUUAGAGAUGUGUUACCCUUCCCAAAAUUCAAAAACUCCCUUUGGCUAGAGAGCUACAGUCAGAGUACAUGCACUAAAACCCUGAUUCAAAUGGAUGGCAAGAGACUUCAAAGAAAGGAAACGAAAAGUCAGUGAGGGUCAUUUUGUUCUUUUGCUUCCAGUGACAUUGGUACUUGAUAGUGAGGAUGAGCUGGAGUUUAGUGUGUGUGCAGUCUUUACAUGUGUUAUGUGUCAGCGAUGUAUUUAUGUACAUCUGGAGAUUUUUUUCUUUUAAUUUUAAUAUCCAGUCAUACUAGUCAGGUGGAGGGAAAAGCAUUUGGGGCAAAACAGUUUCUGUUGUGUGCUGACUGACAGGUCCGCAAGGAAUCUGAGCCCUCAGAAUUCCACUGAAAGAUCCGAUAAAUUUACACAGAACACAAAAGAACGUCAGUUAAAAAUUCCAAAAAUGAAAUCACAAUCUUUUUUAUCAGUCAUUAUGUGUCUGGUACUAAGAUUUAGCUUGGUUUCAUUUUGGUGCCUCACAUUGUAUUUUAUUUUAUUAUCAUUAUUUUUUUUUUCUUCCCAAUUUUAUGCAAUAUUCCCCCUAAAAAUGUAAAAACAUGCAGAGUCCAUGUGGGCCUACUUUAUCGUCUUAGUAUUGCUGAUUCUUACAAAUGCUCAAACAGGAAACAGUUCAUAAUUAAAACAAAAUGCAAGGACUAUAAGCACAUUAUAUGUGGAUGAGAGCACAAAGUCUCUAGACCGUAGUCAGGUUAGAUGCUGUAUUGAAUUUAACACGGAUGUGUUCAAUUAAAUGUGUUAAUCAUGACUAAGCUCUAUUGGCAUUAAUUUGUAGAUUAUUAGAACUGGCUGAGAAAAUAGAAGCUAUAUGAGAUUUUGAGAUUGAAUGAGAUUUAUACAUCAUCUGAAAGCUGAAUAAAUAAGCUUUCCAUUGAUGUAUGGUUUGUUUGA